AUGCAAAUGAUUUGUAAAUAGAAAAAUAAUAUUAACUACGAUGAUAGAACAAUGAUAUGUAGAAACGAUUUUUGGAAAUAUUUUCCUUUAGCCUCUUUUACUAAAGUCUUAAAUAACAAAAAUUGA